AUGAGCAAUCUAUCAAUUAAGCAGAGGUCACAUUUAUUUCAAGACACAUCAAUGAAUAACGUUACUAAUAACAAUAACAACAGUAACAGUAAUAAUUCUGUGAAUUACAACAACGACAACAAUAGCAGCAAUAAUAAUAACAACAAUAACAACAAUAACAAUAAUAACAACAGCAACAACAACAGCAACAUGAACCAGCAGCAGAAUCCAUUUAAUAAUAUUGGUACUCCAUCAUUUAAUAUACAACAAAUAUCACCUCAAAUCUUACAAAAUUUAACCCCACAACAGUUACAGUUGAUACAACAGCGUCAUCAGCAACUUCUAAGAAGUAGAAUCCAACAAGCUCAGCAAAAUCAACAAAAUAAACAGAAGCAGCAACAGCAACAGAAGCAGCAACAGCAUCAGCAACAGCAACAGCAUCAGCAACAGCAACAGCAACAGCAACAGCAACAGCAACAGCAACAGCAAGAGCAACAGAGGUUAAAGCAACAAGAGCAACAGACACAACCUAGACAACAACAACAACAACAGUUCGACAGUAAACAAGAUAUGAAACAGGCUAAUACAACAAGAAAACAAAGCAAGUCCUCCCAAGUUCAACAAAUGAAGAAUGCUGAGCCAACUGAGGGAAACCAAAAUGGGUUCCAAUUACCUUUUAACCUGCCACCACAAAUUGCUCAGCUACCUUUGCCCAUGCAGCAACAGGUAUUAGCAUCACUAAAACAACAAGCUAUACAAAAAAAUAACCCAUCAGUUGUUACAGCAAUCACAAUGGCUCAAGAACAACUGCAACAACAGAUUCAAAGAAUUCAACAAAGGCAACAAGUGACUCAGCAAGGUAAGGAACCAACUCAAACUCAAGGUCCACAAAGCUUAGCUAAUAAAUCUCAGCAAAAAACUCAGAAAGUCAAUUCUGGCUCAGGCACUCAAAGAAAACAGUUGCAAAGCAAAAGGAAAACAUCUAAUAUUCCUAAUAAGUUACAGAAUGUGCAGCAACUUCAACAAUAUGCACCUCCGCAGAAAAUGGAGUUGCCUGCUUUCCAAACAAUCAAGUACAAUCCUCCAGAAGCAAUGAUUCCUUACCAGGGUUAUUGGUCAGAUAAACAAGCAACUACUGAUACGUUGUUAUACGAACAAAUAACGCAAAGAGAUAAGUCUAAUCGUAUGGAUCAGUCGAAAGAACAAAAUGGUUACCCGCCUUUUAGUAUAUUUGGGUUCAGUGAUAAAGAAUAUACUGCUAAGUUAUGGCAUAAUUUAAAAUAUUACGAAGGCUCAAAGGAAGUCAGAAUGGCUUCUAUUAGAUCAACAUCUCAAAAUGUUCCAAGUGUAAGUAUUUGGGGUAAUGGAUAUGCUGGAUAUGGUAAUGGCAACACGAAUACAAAGACAAAAAUUAUAUCCGGCAUUAAUGAUGACCACCGCCCAAUCAUUCCUGAUAAAAUGUUAGAUAUGUACAAGCAUGCUAUGACCGAGGUUUCAGAAGAUUUAAUUCCGAUCAGAUUGGAAUUUGACCAUGAGCGUGAUAAGUUUUCUCUAAGAGAUACUUUACUUUGGAAUAGAAAUGACACGUUACUUGACGUUGACGAUUUUGUUGACCAUAUGUUAAUGGACUACCGAUUUGACCCUGAAUUUUCAUCUCAAAUAUCGGACAUAAUUUCUCAGUCAAUUAAAGAACAAAUUAUUGACUUCCAACCAAAUCCUUAUACUAAUAUACAAGAUGAAAGGAUAGGUGGGGAUGAUAUGCGUGUGAGAAUUAAAUUUGAUAUUGUUAUAGGCCAAAGUCAACUAGUAGAUCAAAUUGAAUGGGAUAUUUCAAAUCCAGAUAAUGAUCCAGAAGAAUUUGCAACCAGUAUGUGCAAUGAAUUGGAGUUGCCUGGGGAAUUUCAAACUGCGAUUGCACAUUCAAUUAGAGAACAAGUUCAUGCUUAUCACAAAUAUUUAGCUUUAUUAGGAUAUAAGUUCGAUGGUUCGGCGGUUGAAGAUGCUGAUAUUCGAAGCAGGAUAUUACCUAACAUUACUGUUGAUAAUAUUUAUAGAGCUUCAGCAGAUUCAAAGUUAUAUACACCUAAUUUAUUAACGAUUUCUGCGGCUGAACUGGAAAGAUUAGAUAAAGAUAAAGAUAGAGAUUCAAGACGUAAGAGAAGACAAGGUAGAUUUAAUAGACGUGGUGUUGUCAUCACCAGUAAUACUUCAUCCAUUGUUGGUACUAAUAGCGGUACACCGUUAGGUAUUGGAGGAAAUAAUGCAGUUUUGAAUUCCUCAUCUGGGACUCCAACUGAAGUUUUGUUACCUGACAUUACCGAUGCAUUGAGAACAUUUAGAACACCAAUUCCAAGUACCGUGUUACCUGGUGGUUUAGAUUUGGGUCCAUCAGUAGAGUCAUUCGAGUUAAAGGCCACAACAACAUCAAAUCCCAGACCUGAUAAACCUAAGUUACAAAUGCCUUCGUGUUAUAUUGUUGAUCAUAUUCCUGGUAAGUCGUUAUUAUUAUCGAUUACUGUACCAAAAAAGGAAAACUUGAAAUUGAGGAUGAAUGCUACCAAUAGAACAACCAUUGUGCCACAUAAUUAUACUGCUACGAAAUCAGUUAUAUCAAACGUUAAACAAGAAGCAGGGCAUGAGAGCAGCACAUCACGAAAGCAAUUACCAGACAACGCAAUGGACAUCUCACCACCGACAACCAUGGAACCACAAGUAAACCGCCCAAUCACAAUGGAUAAAGUCGAUGUGAAUACCAGUUCAAAUACAAUUAAUAAAGAAACUGAAUCCAAAAUUGAUACUGAAUUGAAUCCAAUUAGUAGUAUAAAUCAUACUACCACAGGCCCACAAAAAAUAAAUGAAGAUGGACAGGUAGAGAGCAAAACAUCUGCUUAA